AUGCCUCAAGGUUCAGCAGAAGUUCUGGAGGAGUGGAAAUGCUUGAAAGAGGAGUAUCAAAAACUGCAAGAGACACACAAACUGUAUUUACAGAAACUUGAUGAAGUCACCAAACUACAGAACAACUGUUCUUCAUCUAUUUCCCAUCAGAGGAAAAGACAGAAAGACAUGUCACACCUAGUGAAAAAGUGCAGGAAAGGAUCGUCAGAAGAAGAUGUGAAGAUGCUGGAUGAAAUAAAAGAGAAAAUGAUGACACAACAAAAUGUUUUCUCUGAAAUGGAAGCUUUCCUUCCCAAGAAAAACGGGUUAUACCUCAGUUUGGUCCUUGGAAAUGUGAAUGUCACUCUUCUUACCAAGCAGGCAAAGUUUGCCUACAAAGAUGAAUAUGAGAAGUUCAAGCUGUACCUCACAGUCAUCAUGCUGCUGUGCUCCUUCACUUGCUAUUUCUUUCUGAACUACAGAUUUCUUGAUGCAAUCCUCAACUUUCUGCUGGUGUGGUACUAUUGUACAUUGACUAUCAGGGAAAGUAUCCUCAUCACAAAUGGCUCCAGAAUCAAAGGAUGGUGGGUUUUUCACCACUACAUCUCAGCUUUUUUGUCUGGUGUGAUGCUGACAUGGCCAGAUGGGAAGUUGUACAAGAUAUUCAGAAACCAGUUCUUGUCCUAUUGCUUAUAUCAAAGUUUUGUUCAGUGUCUGCAGUGCUAUUAUCAGAGUGGAUGUCUGUACAGACUGCGAGCCCUCGGAGAAAGACACAACUUGGAUCUGACUGUAGAGGGAUUCCAGUCCUGGAUGUGGAAAGGACUAACAUUUCUCUUGCCCUUCCUGUUUUUUGGUCAUUUCUGGCAGCUCUUCAACGCCCUGACUCUGUUCAGAAUGGCUCAGCUCCCAGAUUUCAAAGAAUGGCAGGUCAUGAUGUGUGGUAGCACCUUCCUUGUUCUGUUUUUGGGAAAUUUCUUCACAACUGUUGCAGUUGUUCGUCAGAAGCUCAAGACCAGGAAUCAGAAACCAAAGAGUCUGUGAUUCAUUUGGAUAAUUAUGUCAGUGAAUAGCUACCCUGCAAAUGAAAGCU